CUUUAGUGUUAGCCCGAUUACUCCCGCACUGAACCCAUAUUUCCAGAUUUUACGUUACUGUUAACAUCACUGGAAUGACGAUGAGCGGAUCGAAUCGGGGGGUCCGAGUAGAACUAGCUGAAGCCGGCGAGCGCCGGUAUGACGACGAAGAAACCGCCACGAAGAAGAACAGAGAAGAGGAAGGAACGCAUGACCCCACUCCUCGCGUUGAUUGCCCCGGCGACCAUCUCGGCGUGCGUUCUCGUCCUUACCUCAUGAAAAUUCUCGAUAAGCAAGGGGACAAAAACAUUGUUUUUGUAGAUAAGGUUUUAAAGAUUACGAGUUCAGGGAAGAUGAAGCAGAGAAUUCUUCUAAUCACUGAUUGUGCAAUAUACUUGGUAGACCCAGAAGGUGAUGUUCUUAAGAGGCGGGUAGCCCUUGCAGCCGUAGACAAGCUUUGCUUGAGCAAACUAAGUGAUCACUUCAUUGCAAUCAUUAUCCCAACUGAAUAUGAUAUACUCCUUGCAAGCACUAGGAAGACUGAAAUUCUAUCAUGCAUAGUUGACACUACCAAGAGCGUAUCUAACUAUGAUCUUGAAGUGUUUCACUCAAACAGGUUUGAGUAUAAUGCAACUGCUGAGAAAGUUAAAGGACUCAUAUUCGAGGAAACUGAAGGUGGUGUUAAAACACGAAUAGUGCAGAAUGGUACAAUGCAUAAAACAUGAGUUUGCAAAUGGGAAAUGUUUUUUUGAUGCCCUGUGGAUAUUCAUUCCCUGCCUUGUUCAUGGUUUCCUAAGGGAGAAGACCAUGGCGAUCUCAAAGAAGUCUUACCCGAAGGGUUUUUCGAGAGGGUCGGGGAGAGGGGUUUGGUGGUCAAGGGGUGGGCCCCACAGGCUAAGAUCUUGGAGCAUCCAAGCAUCGGAGGGUUCGUCAGCCACUGCGGGUGGAGCUCCGUCAUGGAGGGCAUGAAAUACGGUGUUCCCAUAAUCGCCAUGCCCAUGCAUAUCGACCAGCCGGUGAACGCCAAGUUGGCGGCGGAGGUAGGGGUGGCGGUGGAAGUUAUUAGGGACGGCGAGGGGAAGCAUCACCGGGAGAAAAUAGCAGCCGUGAUCAAAGCGGUCGUAAGGGAGGAGGGCGGAGAAGCCGUGAGGGUAAAGGCGGCGGCAAUGCGUGAAAUGCUGGCGGAGAAAGGGGAUGAGGAGAUUGAUAGGGUGGCUGAAGAGUUGAAGAAUCUUUGUGCCAAAGAAGAACAUGAUUUUACUCCCUUCUUCUAGUUGACUUUUUCAUGUCUUCUUGAUUUAGUAAGUUCGAAAUAUAUUUAUAUAUAAAUAUAUACAGACCAUAUAUACUUCGUACUAAAAUUAUUUAAAAUGUUAAGUAGUACGGAGUAUUUGGUUGCUAUAGCCUAUAGGUACAUUUUAAUUUAGCCGCUCACUGCUGGGUUUGCGUUUCUUAAAAGCACGCAGCAAUGUGUAGUAGGCAACGUUUAAUUACAUUUUUAUCAUUACUAAUUAAGUUACAUUUUUAUCUUACAUUGUAAGAAUUUGGAAUUUAUUUUAUAAAUGAUAUGAUAUAGAUGAAGGUUUAUACUUUAUAUAUUGUAAUAUCUCGCACUUUUAUAGCCUUUAUCCUGCAUUACAUUAUAAAGAAUUGGAUGUAUAACAAUGAAAAACUAGCCAAUAAAUGAUAUUAUUGCACUUUUUUUUAUCAUACAUUACAUUAUCUCGCACUUUUUUUUGAAAUUAAAUUAUAUAAUGAUAUCAUAUUUAAGUUCUUAUGGCCCAAUAAAUGCUUCAUACAGGAAUGUAUAUAUAAUAAUGAAAAACUAGCGUACCAUUUAUUAUAGAAUUAACUAAUAUAUAUAACAAAAUGACAUGUAUAUUAGUUAUACAACUAAUAUACAUGUCAUUUUGUUUAAUGUAUAUAUAACAAUGAAAAACUAGCGUACCAUUUAUUAUAGAAUUAACUAAUAUGUCCCUUUUUAAAAACAAAAUACAUAUAGAAUCCGACAACUGCUUCCAGUAAUUCUUGGAUCGGAGUAGGGUUGACGAUGAGGGAUUUUUUUAUCAUGUAGCUCUAAGGCUCCGUUUGCAAGGGUUUCCAAGUGCAGGUUGGAGUUCGAUCAUCUCUCGCUUCUCUCUAGGGCUUCGGCCGCUUGGAGUUUUUUUCCGUCUUUGAUUUUAAUCGAAGGACGGCCGCUUUUUCCGUCUUCGAUUUUAAUCGAAGGACGACCGCUAUUUCCGUCUUCGAUUUUAAUCGAAGGACGGUUGUUGUUGUUUGUGCUUCAUACUCGAAGGGCGGAUUUGCUGUCAUGGCUCGAGGAGAUCGGCGUUGUGGUCAAGGUUGGAGAAGAUCGGCGCCGCCUAUCCGUUUACUCUGGUUGCAUGAAGCAGGGAUGAGUUUGGUUAUGCAGGGAUGGAGGAUUGAUGCAUGGCCUUUGGCAGACAAAGGUCACGGAGUAUCAAUUAGCAUGGUACCGGUGGUAAGACCUCCUCCUGAACCACCACCAUGGGAUGUACGAGGUGCUAGAGUUCGUGAACGCUUUUCUUGUAGUUUUUAUCUGUUUGUUAUUUGUUUUCUUGUGUCCACUUUUGUUGUUGGUUUUGACACUUUGUUUGAGUUUUUUGCCUCUCUUUAUGUCAUUGGAUAUGGUUGGAUCUAUGAGAAUAGGUUUGGCUGUGUCAAGCCUACUACAUGGUUAGCGAUUCGUGUUGCUCUCUCAGGGGUGACCGUCUCAAAGUCUCACCAUAGGGUUACAGUCGUAGUUGUUGAAGUUUCAGUUGGUGUCAGUUUUAUUCUCCUUUUGCUUGAUGUAAUGAUCCUGAAUCUUUUGAUAUGAAUAGAGGCCCGUUUGAUGAUAUAAAAAAAAAUGAAAAACUAGCCAAAAAAAAUGCCAAAUGCGCAUAGUAUAUGAUAAAAGCAAAAACAAUGAAAAAUGUAUAACAUCACAAUUCACAACAAUAUAUGGCUUCCUUUGACUGUCACGUGCAUUGCAUUGUUUCGUCGGAGCAAAUCCAUCUUUACGACAUUAUCGUUUUCAGAUCUAAAAAAUUAGUUGAAGGUUAAAUAAAUUUGCAGAUCGCUUAAUAUGUAUA